AUGGCUGCACCUGCACUUCAAGAAACAUAUGAGCAACCACUGUUGGAAAAUAAUGCAGCAUCAAUUGCGCCAAAACCGCCAAAAACCCCUGCACAAAAGGCCAUUAGAAAGACCUUUAAAGGCACAGCCCAUCUGUCAAAUCUUCUUCCCACCGGAACGGUCCUCGUUUUCCAAAUGUUCUCCCCGGGUUUCACACGCCAAGGGCAGUGCCCUACCCCCAUCAACAAAACCAUGACGCUAGGACUUCUAAUAGUCUGCAGCCUUACCUGCUUCCUCUUGUGCUUCACCGACAGCUUGAGGGACGAACGGGGCAAGGUUCGAUACGGGUUGGCGACUUUUAAAGGGUUGUGGGUCAUCGACGGGUCGAAAGUCCCCAUUGCACCGGAGGAGGUGGCCAAGUACAGGCUGAGAUUCAUUGAUUUCUUCCAUGCCUUGAUGUCCAUAUUUGUAUUUGCUGCACUGGCUUUGGUUGAUCAGAAUAUUGUCAACUGUUUCUACCCCAAGCCGUCGGAGGAGGGCAAGCAGCUUUUAGCGGCGUUCCCUGUCGGAAUUGCUGUUGUGUGCAGCUUGUUGUUUGUCCUGUUCCCCACCAAGCGUCAUGGAAUUGGCUUCCCUCUCUCUCGUAGCUAG